AAAAAAAAACUACUUGUCAGACUGAAGUAGAAAAAUAAUGUCGUAAAUCAAUAAUGGAAACGUUACCCUACUAGUAGGCUAAUAAUAAAAAAGAAGGCUACCGCAGAAUUUUACCUCUGGUUGGUUUUGGCCCUUUGGGUGACAUGGGUAGGCUAUGAAACAGCAUUUCCCGUCAUACACUUCGCAAUAAACAAGGAAGUCAGCUGUGUCUGCGUCAAACUGGUCAAAGUUACCAAACCGUCUCUGGUCAAACUGAAAGAAUCGUACAAAACGUCUAUUAAGUGAAUUAAUAGUUAUAGUAAAUGUAGAUCUGUGAGUGUGUUUCAUACAGAAAUGACAUGAACUUUACCUUUAGUUUCCGGUAAUUAUGGAGGUCCCUUUUGGAAGCACAAGACCAAACGUCAGCGGAGCAGAGCAAAGGCAGGCACCUGAGUCUGAAGUGGAACCUUCCUUACAGAAAGAGGAACUGUGCAACCCAAUAAGAAAAUUGGCGGAGGUUUUCUCAUUGGCAUAUGUAAGGGGCUGUUAGCCUGCUAUGAAACCAUCUUGGCUUUCAAGAUAGAUGAGCAGAUCUGGUUUAGAGCUACAGCUGCUCAAAGUGAGAAGUGAGAGGGAUCACAGCUUGUCUUCUCCAUCAGGUGUACCCAGGACUAAAUCCACCGUGAUGUUUUAUCCAUCCUAUUUCUUGUGCCUGUGCCUGGGCAUAUUAUGUGUGGUGUUUGUCUCCUACUGGAAUGCGGAGUGGCGCGGAGGCUUUGCAUGGGAUGGCUCAAGUAAACAGUUCAACUGGCACCCUGUGCUUAUGGUGUCCGGCUUAGUGGUGAUGUAUGGCAAUGCUGCUGUGGUGUAUCGUGUGCCUCUUACCUGGGGACACAGUAAGACACCGUGGAAACUGAUGCAUGCUGCCAUGCUGCUCCUGGCAUUGGUUCUGUCUGUAUUGGGCCUAUGUGCUGUAUUUGACUUCCACAACACCAAAGCCAUCCCCAACUUAUAUUCCCUCCAUAGCUGGAUUGGCAUUUGCACUGUGGCCCUUUUUGCCUUCCAGUGGGUGGUUGGCUUCCUGGCCUUCCUGCUGCCCUGUUCCCCUGUGGAGAUUCGCAAGCUCAUAAAGCCUCUUCAUGUGUGGAUGGGAGCUAUCAUUCUGGUUUUGAGCAUGGUCUCUUGCAUAUCCGGAAUCAAUGAGAAGCUGUUCUUUUCACUGAAAGGGAAUGACAAUGUGACACAGCCUUAUGCCAAGCUGCCUGCUGAAGCCCUCUUUGCCAACUCUCUUGGAGCCCUCAUUGUGCUGUUUGGACUAGUUGUGUUGUACAUCCUCCACAAUCCAACAUGGCGGCGACCUGAGCUGGGGCACGAUGACGGAGAAGGUUAUCGGCCGUUGCCAUGUGAGGAAAGUUGAUGUGCAGCUAUCUCAGGAACCUGAAUAGACAACAAUACCCCCCCACCACCCACCAUCCAUAUGUGUGUCUAUUCAGUAUUCACUGUGUAUAUGAAGUAAUUUAUUUCAAAUUGUGUUUUUUGUUUUGUUUUUUUUUGUUUCAAGCACAAUGCUGUUUUUCCAAACAAAUGCCUAUAAUCUUCAUGAAUUGCACUGUACUAGUCUUUGACAUUGAUUAUACAUUCGUACAUGAAUGAGCGCACUUUAAAACUUAUUAAAAGUAAGCUUACAGUGUCUGGCUAUUGAAGCCACACCAUUUCUAAAGAUUCUUCUAGGUGUUCAUGAACUGCUUUUUUAUUUUGCUUUGUGUAAUGUGUUUCUUUAUUCAGAGAAAGUGCAGUUAAAGUGCCUCAUCUUCGGUAAGGCUAAAGUGGUCCAUUCUAGACCUAAAUAGAGCAAUCAGAGGUGGCAAACUGCUCCAUGGCUGAAUGUUAGAUGCACGUGGUGAUGUGUUAUUUGUUUGUUUCAGUUUACUGUGUUAAUAAACUUAAAUCUGGUUCAAAGCCUGUUUCUGGUGUCGCAUAUAUG